ACAUUGACAGCCCCAAAAACUUGAUGACCAAGCAGGUGACGGAGAACACUGCCACCGUUUCCUGGGACCCAGUGGAGGCCGACAUAGAUAAGUAUGUGGUGCGCUACACCUCUGCGGAUGGAGAGACCAGGGAGGUUCCAGUGGGGAAAGAGAAGAGCAGCACCGUCCUGACAGGCCUGAGGCCAGGCGUGGAGUACAAGGUCGAUGUGUGGGCCCAAAAGGGGGCCAGGGAGAGCAGGAAAGUCAACACAAAGGCUCCCACAGACAUUGACAGCCCCAAAAACUUGAAGACUAAGCAAGUGACAGAGAACACUGCCACCCUGUCCUGGGACCCAGUUGAGGCUGACAUUGAUAGGUAUGUGGUGCGCUACACCUCUGCGGAUGGAGAGACCAAGGAGAUUCCAGUGGGGAAGAGGACCAGCACCGUCCUGACAGGCCUGAGGCCGGGAGUGGAGUACAAGGUUGAUGUGUGGGCCCAGAAGGGGGCCAGGGAGAGCAGGAAGGCCAACACAAAGGCUCCCACAG